UAUAAAAUAUCGAAAAUGGAAAAUAUUAAAUGUACAAAAAUUAUAAAACUUGAUGGAUCGAAAAUAAAAAAACGAAAACGAGGAAUUGUAUAUUUAUCUAAUAUACCUAAAUAUAUGAAUAUUUCGAAAAUUCGUGAAUUAUUUUCGAUAUAUGGAGAAGUUGGAAGAAUCUAUUUUCAAUUAGCAGAAAAUGGAUUGGAACAAGAUGGUAAAACAAAAAAACGAAAAAAAAUUUAUACAAAGUUUUUUACUGAAGGAUGGGUUGAAUUUGAAAGUAAGAAAAUAGCAAAAUAUAUUGCAUCUACAUUGAAUAAUACACAAAUCUCAACUAGAAAAAGGAGCAAAUUUUAUGAUGUUAUGUGGAAUAUAAAAUAUCUCCCAAGAUUUAAAUGGAUUCAUUUGAGUGAACGUUUAGCAUAUGAACAAGCAGUACGUAAACAAAGAUUACAAACUGAAAUUGCACAGGCAAAGCGAGAAGCAAACUUUUACUCACACAAUGUUGAUAGAAGUAGAAAAUUACAUCAAGUGCAACAAAAUGGAAAUAGUUCUUUCAUACCACCUAUAAUAAAACAGAGAGACACAGAUGCUGAAAUUAGAAGCAGAAAAGAAAUCGAAUUAAUAACAGAUAGAACAGGUUUCUUAAAAUCUUUAUUUGGAUGAGAUAUUUAAUUAUAAUAUAU